UGUAAAUACUAAAACCUCAAUACUUCGCCGUUCACCAAGGCUUUAAAUUCCAGACAUAUUUCAGAAAAAUUAAUAUUGCUUAAUUAUCAGGCACGAAGUAGGUAAUGUACGAGCAGAAGAUGCACGCGAAACUCUGGACGCGAAAGAGAAAGCAAAUUAAUUGUCACUGAAGGCAGAAUACGGUUUAUAAGGUCGAUUCCACAACGAAAUGUAAUGGAAUUCAUUCGAAGUGCAAAGCGUGUCCUGACCAACACUCGUAUACUGCAUACCAUGGACCGUUCAGGGGUGCAAAAUUUGAUUCAGGACCUUCCUCUGGGUCCGUUGCAGACAUACAGAAAACGAGCAACAUUUGAUUGGAAGUUGUUGAAAUUGAACUUGGAAGGUGAAGCGGUAUUGAAAUUCAAGAAUGAUAUGUGGUCAUACUUGGAAAACUCACCAGUAUUUCAACAUCCAGACCAGGCUGAACCUCUAGACACUCAGCGCAGAAUAUGCCAAGCUAGAAUGCAGACCCUCUUGAAAAAUGAUCGCAUACAAGCGUCUGGUAGCGUACCUCAUGCCGCAUGGGUUGAUGCAAUGUUUCAAUACAAUGGAGCAUUGCCGGUAAAAACUGCCAUCUUAUUUGGCAUGGUACCUGGUGCAUUUUUUGCUCUGGGAACAGAACGUCAUGUUAAGUACAUAGAACAGUGCCAAGAAGGUGAGAUAAUCACAUGCUUCGCAUUAACGGAAAUAUCCCAUGGGACGAACGCUAAAAGCAUGAGAACAACUGCCACGUACGAUUUAAAUAAGCAAUGUUUUGUUCUCCACUCUCCAGAUUUUGAAGCAGCUAAAUGCUGGGCUGGCGGACUUGGCCAGUCAGCCACCCAUGCGAUUGUUUAUGCACAGCUAAUAAUGAUGGAUGGCACAAACCAAGGACUGCAUCCGUUUAUCGUACAAAUUCGUGAUGUAAAAACGUUAGAGCCUUUACCUGGAGUAAGAGUAGGAGAUAUGGGUGAAAAGAUUGGCCUCAACGGAGUUGACAACGGUUUCGUGCAGUUCACUAAUUACAUGCUGCCUCGGGAGAACCUAUUGAAUAAGAACGGUGACGUUACGGAGGAUGGAAAAUAUGUUUCACGAUUUAAGGAUCCUAGCAAGCGAUUUGGUGCAGCGUUAGGAGCCCUCUCAAUCGGCAGAGUGAACAUAACUAUCAUCAGCAACGCAUAUUUGAGCGUAGCGAUAGCUAUCGCAAUUAGAUAUUCGGCAGCAAGAAAACAGUUCGGACCAAAAGAGAAUGAGGAAUGGCCUGUGAUCGAAUAUCAAAUACAGCAACUUCGACUCUUCCCACACUUGGCGGCUGCUUUUGCUACCAAAAUAUUCUCAUACUGGUUUUGUGGCAGGGCGUACGACUUACAAUUGCGGUCGAUGGGUGGGGAAGAUCGUGAGCUACUUGCAGCUGAAGGAAUAGAGAUCCAUGCACUUUCUUCCGCUACUAAGCCUCUUUGUACUUGGCUUGUCCGUGAUGCUAUUCAAGAUUGCAGAGAAUCUUGCGGUGGACACGGUUACCUAAAAGCCUCUCGCCUAGGUGAUUUGAGGAAUGACAAUGACGCGAAUUGUACGUACGAAGGAGAAAACAAUGUUUUGGUCCAACAAACCAGCAACUGGUUGUUGAGUGUCAGGUCAUCGAUAGCAAAGGGAAAUCACGUCUCCUCUCCCUUAGGCAGUGUUGACUUCCUCCCUGAUUUCCAAAGGAUACUCAUGUCGAAAUUCAAAUGCUCUACCAUUGAAGACACCAUGAAGCCUGAAAAUUUGUUGAAGGUGUUCAAGUGGCUUGUUUGCUACUAUCUAGAGGCAACCGAUAAACGUGUGAAAGAUUAUCAGAAAAAAGGGCUGGACAAUUUUACCAUACGAAAUAACACCCAAUCAUUUUUAGCUCGAACACUAUCACUGGUGUACGGGGAGCAUGCCGUGAUGAAAAUUUUCAUUGAACGUCUCGAAGAUCCAGUUUGGAGUCCCGAGGAACGACGGGUAUUGACUAAACUAUGCUCACUGUUUGGAGCCUCCAGUCUUGAGCGGAGACUCGGCGAUCUUUACGCAGGGGGGUAUGCAUCACCAGAUUCUCGAAUUGACACUUUAUUACGCGACGGCAUCAUCUGGCAGUGUAAAGAACUUUUGGCGGAUGCAGUUGCACUCGCUGAUGUACUUGCACCUCCCGACUUUAUUAUGAAUUCUGCAUUGGGCAUGGCGGAUGGUCAGAUCUACAAACAUCUCGAAGAAUGGAUUUUAAAAGACGAGCAAAAUCUAAAGAAGCCUUCAUGGUGGAAGGAAAUAUUACCUGCCAAGCUAUAAAAUAACAAUUCAAUAACAUGGGGUACAAGGCUGGACGGAUUGGGGAAUGGUGAAAUUUUAGCAUUUACCGCAAAGCAAAGUUACGCGGUUAUAUUGUGAUAGUGAAAAAUGUUGGUAUCUUAUAUUAUAUGACAUAUUGUUGACAUCGGUUGAAUACUUUUAUACUGUUACUGUGAUCGAUAUUUUUUUAUUGUUAUUGUUAUACUAAAGGUUUUACAAAGGAGAUGAAUGAGGUCAUAUGCAUAUUUUAACCUUGAUAUAGAGUUCUUAACAAUGUAAAAUAUGAAGCUGUGGUGCUCAUUAUCUACAACAGAUCGAAUAAAUUGAAUAAGAUUAUUCGCGGGCGAAAAUCUGGGUCACGAAAAA